CAGUUCUUACGCUGAGGGACGUCAUCACAUGGGGACAAAGAUUCUGCAACAAAAACAAUUUUGUUUGGUCGAGAACUUGUUUUCAGUUUUAUUUAUUCACUUUUAGCACUAAGAUAGAUUUAAUUAUUCAACCAAUAUCCCACGUUGUUUUUGUCACUCAAAUAAAGAAGCGGACGUUUUUAUUUGUUAAAAAAAACUCGCUGUUCGUAAACGCGUGUGUCCGGAGUAGCGUCGUAGACUCUCAGCCAUGCUCAAACGAUUUGAAGUCAGAUUUCCGGCGGAUUGCGAAACCCUCCCUGAUGGUUUCUGGUCAGCCGUGGACGUGUGGAUAAAGAAACCUCACGUCGUCAACAAGCGCCUGUGCGGCGUCCAGGAGACCGAGGUUGUGGAGGGCGAUGAAGCACUGCGGUUGCUGCCGCAGGAUGUGCUUGCUUGGCUCAGCGGCAGCGGCAGCGACGGCACUCACCGAACACCUCUCUCCUCUCAUGUUAGGACGUUUAUCCCCAAAAUCGACAUAUAUGGCACAGGCAAACAGAAAGAGGUCGUUGUUAAAGACUUGGACGGACAGCAGGUGAUGUUUGUUCCCUUUGAGGAGUCUGAAGCGAGGCAGAUGUCUGUGAAGAAGGACAACAUUUACAGCAUCAAGCUGUGCCAGGUGGACUCCGGCCAAUGGGCGUUGGAGCUGCACGUGCGGACGGUGGAGGCGUGGUACUCGGACGGCGUGGCCUACCCCAAGAUGGCCUGGCUGGCGGGGAACCUGCUGCCCAAACUGCUGGGCUGGGCCGUCGCGUGCAAGAGCGGCCAUUUCCCCAACACCCUGUCGCUGCUGCCAGUCGAGAAGUACAGCCUGACCUACCAAAGGCUCAAGGACAAGUACAAGGCCAUGGUCAAGGUGUGGCCCGAGGUGACGGAUCCGGAGAAAUUUGUAUAUGAAGACGUCGCCAUCGCUACGUAUCUCCUGGUGCUUUGGUCCGAGGAGCGGGCGGAACACGACGUGGACGUCCUCCAGUCCUUCGUGGACUUGGGCUGCGGUAACGGACUCCUGGUGCACAUCCUCGCCAACGAAGGGCACCCUGGAAAGGGGAUUGAUGUCCGUAAGCGGAAGAUCUGGGACAUGUACGGCCCCGACACUGUGCUGCAGGAGGAAGCCAUCACCCCUGGCGAGAACUUCUUGUUCCCGGAGACGGACUGGCUGAUCGGGAACCACUCAGACGAGCUGACGCCGUGGAUCCCCAUCAUGGCAGCCAGGCGAGUCGUUGAUUUUCGACUUUGGUUCGGAGCGAUGGGACUUCUGGAUGAAGGUUCGACGGCAUUGGUGUGCUUUUGCAGGUCAUCGAGCACAUGUCGCUACUUCGUCCUCCCUUGUUGCUUCUUCGACUUUUUCGGAAAGUACCGCCGGCGGGACAGCCAAAAGUCUCAGUACAAGGAAUACAUCGACUUCAUUGAGGAAGUGAGCCGAGUCAGCGGCUUCCACACGCUACAGGACUGCCUCAGGAUUCCCUCCACCAAACGGGUAUGCUUGCUGGGAAAGAGACGCACGUACGAGGCGAGCGAGGAAGCUUGGGCGGAGGAUCGGCGAGCCGGUUUCAUCCGAAGCCGCUGCGCCGCAUCCGAAGGCGACGGCGGGGUUCCCGGGGGUGGCUGGGAAACGGGUUUCCGGCCUCGCGAGCGAACGGAAACGGUGCGCAACUGCAUGGCGCUUUCUCGGGAUCUGGUGGACGGCGUCGUGCUACGCGUGGCCGAGGCCCUUCUGGGAAUGUCCGAGGAGUGCCCGUCCUGCGGGGACUGGAAGCGAGGAGGGAGCUUGUGUGUGGGAGAGGUGGCGGCGCUUUUGCCUCAGGACACGCUCAAGCAGCUCAAGAACGAAUGCGGUGGCCUGCAGACGCUACUCAAGAAUAACCAUCAAGUUUUUCAAGUGGAAGGCGGAACAGUGCGCAUCCGAGACUGGCGGGACGCAAGGCCCCAGAGGACGCAUGGUAAGAGGAAGGCGGCUUUGUCGCCCGGCGCCCUUAAAACCCGCCCGUGCUGGUUUGACCGCCACCACCCUCAGGGCUGCCCCCUACUGGCCGAAAAGUGCACUUUUGCUCACGGACUUGAGGAGUUGCGAGCGUCCACCAGACCUGGGAGGAACAAGGCAAAUAAGCACUUUUGAGCUUUGCAUCAUUCAAAUGCGGUUUGACUUUUUCUCGCCUUACCACCAAGUGUUUUGCCUUUGGCUUUCAACGUUUUGCUUGGAAUGCCCUUUUAUUCUCAGAAGUUUUGAGUCUUUUUUUUUGUUGUUGAGAAAGUACAAUUGAAUCCUGGCAGUUUUUCUUGCAAAAUGAAUACUCAAGAAAAUAUA